CUCUGUAAACAGACUUGUGGUGGUGCUUUCUGUCAGUGAUGAUAUAUUAAAUAAUUUCCUUCUGGUUAGUAUGUUUUAAUGUUUUUCAGAACUGAACAAAACGUCUAAUAAAACUAGUUUCGUCUUCCAAGCAGCACACUACAGAAAACAAAGAAACUGGCGUCUACGGCUGCGCAGCCCUGCGCAGAAUCUGGUAAAAUUGAAAACAGUUAAGACUUUUGAUUGGUUCCCCAUUACAUCAAUCAUUCGAGUUCGGACAGAGUCAUUUCCUUUGCGGCCAGUUGAACUUUUUUUUGGUUAAGUGGAAGCAAUGAUUCUGUACUUCUUGCUGUGAUGGAGGCAGGGGGAUUUUAGCAAACGCGGACAGGGCGCAACACCGAUGAUGGACCAGACUUCGGAGUCAGGAGAUUCGCUGCUGUCCGCUCAACACAUUCAUGUCCAAUUGCAAGGAGGAGCUCCUUGGGGGUUCACUUUGAAAGGAGGGCUUGAACACGGAGAACCGCUGAUCAUAUCCAAGAUUGAAGAUGGGGGAAAGGCUGCUUUGUCCAAGAAGCUGCUUGUUGGGGAUGAACUUGUGAACAUAAAUGGUUCUUUGCUUUAUGGUUCAAGACAAGAAGCCCUCAUCCUCAUCAAAGGUUCCUACAGAGUUCUCAGAAUGGUGGUCUGCCGGAGAAAUGUUCCUGUAGUAAGACCUCACUCAUGGCACUUGGCCAAGCAUUCUGAGCAGCAUCCAGACAACCCUGCCAUGCACUUCCGACCAGGCAGCUUUAGUUUGUCUUGGCACUCGGGUUGUGAAUCCAGUGACAUUUCAAUGCAAUGGAAUCGACUUUCACGGCAUUGCAGUACUGACCGAAGCAGUUCUAUUGGAAGUAUGGAAAGUCUAGACCAGCCUAGCCAGGUUUAUGACAGACAGAUGUCCCCGGUAGAGCAAGCUGCUUUUCACAACAAGAGGGACUCUGCAUAUAGCUCAUUCUCAGCAAGCUCCAAUACCUCAGACUGUGCCAUUAGUCUCAAGCCUGAAGAAUCAACUUCAAUGGAUAAUUUACUGCGUGGAUUUAGUCCUUGCAGAUAUAAUGAAGAGAGAUACUCAUUUGGAGUUGGUGAGCAUGGAGAACAGUCUCUGGAUGGGAAAUUUUUUACUGUUCCAAGCAGUGUACAAGGACUGACAUCCCCUUGCAAUUAUGGUGAUGCACGUAGCUGCAUUAGUUCAAAUGGUCCUCCACCUCAGCCUCCUCUUCGUAGGGAAAGUUUUGCUGCAUCAAGAUGUUUGCCUUCAUCUGGUUGUACAGAUAAGCGUAGAGCGUCUGCACCUGUAGACAUGCUACAUCUAUCGGAUAACUGGUUUGCUGGAUCCAACCUGAAAGAUAGUAGUGAGCAUACAUACUCUGAUGUAGUAAACUCCACAUACUCAAGUGAUUUUAAAGAUGGUAGUGCAACAGAUCAAUACUAUACUUUAAACUCCCAAACAGAAAACACAGAUUGUUUUUGCCCACAGACUAUGACAAGCAUGAAAAAUGUACAUAAUCAAGAAUUAGUCAUCACACAAAAAAAGUCUAGUCCUACCUUAAAUUUGACAAGACCAGAGGGGAUUCAUUGCCAUAAAGACCAAAGUAAAUCUUGUGGAAAGGAAGAUCGAUCAGACACAUGUGCUAUGCCCAAAUAUGUAAAGAAAAAAGAAAAUUUGAUGGUCCAUCCUGUCCAUAGACACAGUGCACCAGAACAGCUGUCUUCGCAGGAGUUACGAUUGCUUGAUACUUCCAACAAUUGUCAAGACAGGCAAGCAUCUCAAGAUGUGGUAGUAUGUAAAGAUUCAUCUUUGAACCUUAACAAUGAGCAAGUAUUUCUGCCAAGGCAUGAACCUGUGCAAAGUGAAAACAUAAACAAUUGUGAUGAAUGGACUGACAGCCGAUGCUCCACACCAAGAUCAGCCACGUUUUUAGACAGAGAAGGAUCCAAUCCCAGUUCUUUAGAUGUGUGCAGUCUGGAACGGUCACAUGGUAAACCAGUUGACCAACAGUUACAAGCUUCAUCAGAAUUCCUAGACCAAAACAUUGGUUAUGAGAUGACAGAUUCUAGCAUGAACAAGCUAUUGAAGGAGAACGAGAAGAAGCCAGUAAAAAAACCAGAAGUGCCUGCAAAGCCUGCUCCAUUUCGUCAGCCUAGAUCAUCAAAGGCUAGACGCAGAAGUGAACGCUUUGCCACCAAUCUGCGUAAUGAAAUUCAAAGAAAGAAAGCUCAAUUACAAAAAAAUAAAGCCUCCUCAGCCCUUUUGUAUGGAGAGGAAACGAUGGAAGAAGUAAAUGAGCUGCCUGAGUAUGAAUCUUCAUGCAGUGAUGGCUCUCCUACCUCACAAAUUAGUUCCACCAGUUCAUGUACAUCCUCUAGAACUGUUGAUGUGCAAAUGCAACAUCCUGUUUCUAAAAGUCCUGAGAUAUUAAAUUCUCCUCCACAUCAAACUCUUCCUUCAAAUUUUGAUAACCAACAGCAAAACCCAGCCCUAGAGCACUUUGAACAAAGAGAGAAUCAUGGGACAAACAUUAGAGGUAGUAGAUGGAAGUGGACACCUGAACACAAGCUGCAGCUUCAAAUAAAACCAGAUUUUAAAGAUAGAGUUUCAUUGGAAACAAUAAAAAACACCAAGGACCCUCCAUUAUCAACAGCGGAGGAGUGUGACAUACCUCCCUUUGCAGACCGAAGGAAAUUCUUUGAGCAAACUAGCAAAAAUCAGUUUACAAUACAAUGUACAGAUAUGUUGUUUCGGAGUAACAAAUUAGAUCAUUCUGGAAAAUGCUUAGAGAAGGAUAGAUGUAAUGAAAAUAAUAUCCUGCAGCCUACAAGGAGAUCUUCAGUCGGACAGAUUUAUUCAUCUCAAGGAACAGGCUUACCACUUCCCACAAAUACAAGAUCUGUGGAGCACCAAACAUGUCACAAAGACAAGUCAGAACCUCUGUUGGAUUAUAACUACUAUCAGUAUUGUGGUGCUGCUCUAACAAAGACUGAAGAUUCCAAAAUUGAGCAUGCAAGUGAAGAUGGCAGAACAUUAUCUGUUAAACAAAAUAGACAACCACAUGACAUUUUCUUGCCUUCCAUGCCUCCAGAUCAUUGUAAUUUGUCCAAUACUGUUUAUGGAGUUUGUACUCCCUGUGACAUUGCUUAUGACACUUCAAGAAGACCUUCAUUUGAGAUGUUUCCUGUGGAAGAGCGGGAACAAACAAAUACCAAUAGGAAGUCGAAUUUGUCCGAGAAGGAAUUCCACUACAGUAGGGACGGCAUAAACUAUGGAGAUACAUUUCAACAAUGUCAAAGCCCCACUGAAAGAAACUGGAGCCAUCAACAUGCUGUAUCCACUUCAGACUGGAAUAUAGUUAAAAGAGAUGUGUCUCCCACUGAGGAACAAAUAGAAGACCAUAAUAAGAACACUCAGAGAAUGAGAGCCAUGUCAGAUAAUAACAUUUCUGUGGAUGUGAAAAAGUUGCACAGAAAUGCAAUAAUGGAGGGGCAGGUAAUUUUCUUUGACCCGGAAGAAGUAAGACAAGGAAGCAAUCAUGCUGUUUUUGACCAUGCUACCCAGAAGAAAGGGUCACCUCCUCCUAGACCACCACCUCCAGAUUGGGAGAAGUAUAAACAGAGAAGGGCAUCUCACCACACCCACUGCAGUUCAUAUUUUCUUUCAGACACACCAACCUUACCUAAUAACACGCUUAAUCCACCUUCAGAAUCAACAGUGCCAUCUACUGAUCUAAAGUUACCUAGACAUCGAUCACAAAGCCUGCCUACAAAGAAUGUCUCUGAAAGUUACAUGUAUUGUCAUAAAGAGCUUGCAAACUCUGAAAUAUUUCAACAAUAUACAUCACCCCCCAAAUCCAUCAGUUCAGCCUCCUGGACAGAAAAACAAGAAAUGAAUCCUCAGGUAUCUGAAGAUUUUCAUGUUUCAAGGAUUAUGGGCAAAUGUGCCCUUACAGAUGUUUCUCAGUCCAGAGCAAUAGACCAAAGAGAUAAUAAAGAUGUCCUACCCAUCUCAUUGCCCAUAACCCAGAGAAGCAUGAUUCAUGACAAGAAACCUUCUUCCAGCAGUAUCCUCCACUAUGGUAAAAAGCCUGAAACACUCUCCGAGUCCUAUUUUGCAAUGAAUUAUGAGCAAAAUGAGGACGGGCACAAAGGGCCUGAGGAGUACAAAAGGUCUACUCAGAACUCUGUUACAAUUGAUUCAAGUCUGUUAGAAACCAACAUAGAUGAGUGUGCCCAUGAAGUAAAGCAUGCAGCAGAGGAAGUACAACUAAGACAUGGCCCAGUUAAGUCAGCAGUUCAAAGACAUCUGGAUAUUUUGGAGACGGAUAUUGAUACUUUUUCCAAGAAAGGUGAAGGACAACCUCAGCUGCUUGUGUUGAAGAAAACUCUGGUUUCCCUAACCCCUGAAGAACUACUGAAUGAGAUAGUGGGUACAGACUGCUCUCUAUCAGCGCUUCUGGACCCCAGAGUUAAAUUGCUUAGUGCAUUUGAUCUUGUUGGAGAGAUCUUCCCAUGGAGUCAAGAUAAAAGGCUAAUAGAGCAAAGAAAGAAAAUUCAUAAUAUCCAGGAAAUAAGUGUGGAAAAGAAACCUGAUGUGUGUCCUGUACAGAUAGCUCCUCCCUCUCCACCUCCUAUCUCCGGCUCCUCAGUAAAUUCCACCUCUUGUUCAGCUUACUAUAGCACGUCAGCUGCUAAAGCAGAGUUACUAAAUAAGAUGAAGGAAUUACCAGGGAUGGCAACAGAAGAGGAGGAUGAUGAGCUCACCUUAAAAAAGCAACAGUUGAUUGAAAGCUUGAGCAGGAAACUAUCAGUUCUGCAUGAAGCACAAAAAAGCCUUCUGGAGGAUAUAGGUGUGAAUUGCACUCUAGGAGAAGACGUGGAGUCUCUGGUUCAAGCUGUGUGCAAGCCAAAUGAAGUAGACAAAUUCCGAAUGUUCAUUGGGGACUUAGACAAAGUGGUCAGCCUGCUGUUGUCCCUGUCUGGUCGUCUUGCAAGAGUGGAGAAUGCAUUAAACAAUCUGAGUUUGGAGGCCAGCCAUACUGAACAGCUGGCCUUGAUGGAAAAGAAGAAACAGCUUUCAGAACAACUGCGGGAAGCCAAGGAGCUAAAAGAACAUGUAGACAAAAGAGAGAGGAUGGUUUAUGAAGUGCUUUCACGCUAUCUCAGCAAAGAGCAGCUUCAGGACUACAAGCACUUUGUCAAAAUGAAGACGGCUCUACUCAUUGAACAGAGGGAACUGGAGGAUAAGAUUAAAUUGGGUGAAGAGCAGCUCAGGUGCCUGCAGGAAAGCAUGGGCAUUGGACUGGGAUUAAGACACUACUGAAUUUGUUUUCUCUGGAAAUAUAUGCAGUAUCUCAUAUCUACACAUGCUGGUUUCUAAAUGUAAAAACUGGAGUUUUGUGUUAAUCUCAUUUACAGAGGUUCAUACCUGUUUCUAGACACUUUAAAAUAUUUGAAAAUGAUCUAAAACGCAACUGUUGCUGAAACUUGCAAAACCGCUUUGAAAUAUACAUAUACUGGAAUAUUAGGUUUUAUAAAUACAUAUCAGGGACAGACACCAGGUGGUUAUAACACUAAUUCAGAUUUAAUACUGGAUUAUAUCUUUUGUUAGGUUUUUUAUUAAUUUAAGACUUGUAAUCCAAAUAAAACCACAGCAAAAUC